AUGGCAAACGCUUGGCAGUUCAUGCUCUUUUGUUGGAUGUGGAUUCCUCUGAGUGUCCCAUCCACUGUGAGCUUCAUUGGUUCACCACAGCAAUGUGAAAAGGCUAGUUUUGUACCAGGUUACAAUCUGGGUGGAGAGGGCUUUGACAUUGUGAAGAUGGAGAGAAAGGGGGCCUAUGUCAUCGACGUGGAAACGUGGAACCUUGGAAAUGGCACUUGCAAAAUGUACAGAAACAGCUACCUGAAAGGAGUUAAUCACAAGGUCCCAGUUGCUGUGGUUAACUGGAGAACCCUCCCGAAGUGCAACAUGAAGGUCUCUAACACACUCUACGAUUCUGUUGAAUCUCUCGUCGAAGAUUCCACAUCAUCGGUGACCAAUGACUGGAAAAUUGGUCUGAACAUAUCUUUGGGUAACGCAUCGGCUAGUUUCAGCCUUGGAGGAUCACAUUCCAGGGUCUCUAAGUUUGGCAUGGCAAAGUCCAAAGAAGACCGCUACAGCUUUGCCCGCCAAUCUGUUGAUUGCAACCUGUAUAGGUACAGAAUCAACACAGCUCCUCCUAUGAGUCCUGACUUCGUAUCAGCUGUGAAUUCUCUCCCGCCAUAUUCCUCCAUAAAUAGGUCUCCUUAUCAGAAUCUGAUCAAUAUUUUCGGCACUCAUUACAUAACACAGGUAUAUCUUGGAGGGGAAAUAGCAGCAACAACAGCCUUUCAGACCUGCAAGGCCACCAUGGAAGGGCUGUCAGAGACGGAAGUUAGUGAUUGUUUGUGGGCUGAAGCUUCAGCUAGUUUUGCUAAUAUUUCUGAUCAAACCACCAUGGCUAAACACUGCAAAGACAAGAAAAAGAAAAUGAAUGGCAGUCAAAGUUUUGGCUCUAAAUUUAAUGAGCGUAUCACAGAAGUGCUUGGUGGUGACGAAUUCGGAAUUGUACUUUUCAAUGUUGAUUCAGAGCCUGAUGUCUUUAAAAACUGGUUAAACUCUCUUAAAACCACACCUGAUGUAGUUCAGUAUAACUUGAAGCCACUGCACAUGAUACUUCCAGAUAAUCAUCAUGCAAAAAAUGGUCUGAAACGAGAGGUGGAGCAGUACAUUAUGAGAAAUGUAGUGCUGAAGAAAUGCUCUGAAUCCUGUCAAAUAGGACACAGGUCCAGCAAAAGGGAUCCCUGUGCUUGUGUUUGUAAUAACAACCAGAAUAUCAAGUCAAACUGCUGUCCUGCUGGGAAAGGUCUCGCAACACUGAAGGUGUACAAACUAUUUGCAAAGGGUUUGUAUGGUGAUACGUGGUCAGAGACAGAUGGUUCAGUGGAGGUUAAGUAUGGUGACCAGCUAAAGCGCACCAAAAUAAUCAGUGACAAUGACAAUCCUAGGUGGCUCGAAAAAUUUGAUUUUGGACCCAUUGUUAUCAACAUGCAAAACAAGCUGAAAUUUUCUGUUUAUGAUGAGGAUACACAGUGGAACCGUGAUUUGCUAGGUCAGUGUUCUUUUGAUCUCCGUAGAGGGCUUGUGAAGGACACCUGCAUGUUUGAUCAUGGUACGUUCUACUUUACCUACCUGGUAGAGUGUGCACCAAGCCUCGGUGGCAAACGGUGCGAUGAGUACAUUUCCUCCCCCAUGGACCCUUCUUUGACCAAAGCGUUUUACACCAGAAAUAGUGUUCUGCUCGGGGAUGCAAUGAAAAUGUUUUCAAAGCCAGGUAGUACAUCAGGUUCUGGCAAGCUGUAA